AUGGGGUCGGUGCGGGUGCUGCUCCUCGGGAUGGGAGGGCGUACAUCCCUGGACGGGGUGCUCGCGUUAACUCGUCUCCUUUGGGGCGACUACCCUCUCGCGGUGGAGCAGCUCCGGUGGGUCUCCUCUCCUAUCCCUCGCGACCGGCGGGUGUGUCGUUUCUGCCAGGUGGAUGGCAACGUAGAAGACGAGGCGCAUGUUCUGCUCGACUGUCUCGAUGCGCGGCUGGUGGCCAUGCGCGAUCUGUUCUAG